AUGGUUGUCACAACACAACCAUCAUUAUCACCUGAACGUUGCUCCACCUCCAAAUGUCCCGACUAUAGUAAGUCUAACCGAGGAGGAAGAGGAGGACAAGCAGAUAACCCAGGAGGACAAGCAGACAUCACAAGAGGACAAGCAGACAACACGGGAGGAGGACAAGCAGACAACACAGAACAAGCAGACAACACAGGAGGAGGACAAGCAGACAACACAGACGGAGCACAAGCAGACAACACAGACGGAGGACAAGCAGACAACACAGGAGGAGGACAAGCAGACAACACUGGAGUAGGACAAGCAGACAACACAGGAGGAGGACAAGCAGACAACACAGGAGGAGGACAAGCAGACAACACAGGAGGACAAGCAGACAACACAGACGGAGGACAAGCAGACAACACAGGAGGACAAGCAGACAACACAGACGGAGGACAAGCAGACAACACAGGAGGACAAGCAGACAACACAGGAGGACAAGCAGACAACACAGGAGGAGGACAAGCAGACAACACAGGAGGAGGACAAGCAGACAACACAGGAGGAGGACAAGCAGACAACACAGGAGAACAAGCAGACAACACAGGAGGAGGACAAGCAGACAACACAGACGGAGCACAAGCAGACAACACAGACGGAGGACAAGCAGACAACACAGGACAAGCAGACAACACAGGAGGAGGACAAGCAGACAACACUGGAGUAGGACAAGCAGACAACACAGGAGGAGGACAAGCAGACAACACAGGAGGAGGACAAGCAGACAACACAGGAGGAGGACAAGCAGACAACACAGGAGGACAAGCAGACAACACGGGAGGACAAGCAGACAACACAGGAGGAGGACAAGCAGACAACACAGGAGGACAAGCAGACAACACGGGAGGACAAGCAGGCAACACAGGAGGAGGAGGACAAGCAGACAACACAGGAGUAGGACAAGCAGACAACACAGGAGGAGGACAAGCAGACAACACAGGAGGAGGACAAGCAGACAACACAGGAGGAGGACAAGCAGACAACACAGGAGGACAAGCAGACAACACGGGAGGACAAGCAGACAACACAGGAGGAGGACAAGCAGACAACACAGGAGGACAAGCAGACAACACGGGAGGACAAGCAGGCAACACAGGAGGAGGACAAGCAGACAACACAGGAGGAGGAGGACAAGCAGACAACACAGGACAAGCAGACAACAUGGGAGGACAAGCAGACAACACAGAAGGACAAGCAGACAACACAGGAGUAGGACAAGCAGACAACACUGGAGUAGGACAAGCAGACAACACAGGAGGAGGACAAGCAGACAACACAGGAGGAGGACAAGCAGACAACACAGGAGGAGGACAAGCAGACAACACAGGAGGACAAGCAGACAACACAGGAGGAGGACAAGCAGACAACACAGGAGGACAAGCAGACAACACAGGAGGAGGACAAGCAGACAACACAGGAGGAGGACAAGCAGACAACACAGGAGGAGGAGGACAACAAAUUUCAACAAAGGGAACGCGGCCUCGUACUGAUCAUUUGGCGUUUCGACAAUUUCCUUGUCGUUCUCUGGUUACUGAUUUCGAUUUCGCGUAUGUUAAUACAAUCCAAAGUGUGCUUAACAACAUGGCAACGGCAGAAACGUGGCAACAGCAGCAAGAUGGCAACAACAGAAAGAACAGGAGCUGA